UCAGCCAUCAAAGAUUGUCAAUACAACUUGAAAACAUCACGAAGCCAUAAUCAAUGGCCACUUCUUCCCCUUUCUUCCUCGCCAGAACCUCUAUCUUUCACUCCAUUAAACCCUUCUCCAAUAUCACUCUUUCACCCUUCAAAACCCCCCAUUUUCACCUCAGAUCAACCAGGAUGGAAAGAAGUGAAAUCAAAGCGGAAAACCAGGUGGGUGAGGAUGGAAAGAAGAAGAAGAAGAUAUUCGUAGCAGGGGCCACCGGAAAAACUGGGAAGAGAAUCGUGGAUCAGCUGCUGGCCAAGGGUUUUUCCGUCAAGGCCGGUGUUCGUGAUACCGAUAAGGCUAAAACAACCUUCCCUAAUCAAAAUCAAGAUCUUCAAUUCGUGAAAGCAGAUGUAACCGAGGGUUCAGAUAAGCUAGCGGAAGCCAUUGGUGAUGAUUCAGAUGCUGUCAUAUGUGCUACUGGUUUUCAGUAUUCAUGGGACUUAUUUGCUCCAUGGAAGGUCGAUUAUUAUGGGACCGUAAACCUAGUUGAAGCAUGUCGGAAAGGUGGCGUGAGCAAGUUUAUCCUCGUAAGUUCUAUAUUGGUCAACGGUGCUGCAAUGGGCCAGUUGCUGAAUCCAGCUUACAUAAUCCUUAAUGUUUUCGGAUUCGUUUUGGUGGCAAAGCUGAAAGCAGAGGAAUACAUACGGAAAUCUGGUAUUGAUUACACGAUCAUAAGGCCCGGUGGCUUAAAAAACGACCCACCAAAGGGCAACAUUGUCAUGGAACCAGAGGAUACGCUGUCCGAAGGAUCAAUAUCAAGAGACCAGGUAGCGGAAGUGGCGGUUGAGGCCCUGCUUCAUCAGCAAUCUUCAUACAAAGUCGUGGAGAUAGUUGCUCGAACGGAAGCUCCUAAAAAGACAUUUGAGGAAUUGUUUGGUUCCAUCAAAGAACGGUAAUUUGUGUGGAACUAAGUAUCCGUUAUAUUUCUAUGCCAUUCUAUACGGUCGUAUGUACCUGGCUUUCAAUAAAAGAUGCAGUCGGGUAUACCGCAUU